UAAAAAUAUUGUUGACUGACGAUCAUGUUGUGUGUAUGAGUUCGAGCGCCAGUCACAUGUGCUAUUUCCUUUUAUGAAGUUGUUUGUGUUCGUACCGUCAUCUGAUAAAAGUGUUAGUGAAUAAAUAAGUUUGCAAAAUGAGUGACGCCGAUAUCAUCGAAUACCAAUCUGACAGCGAUGAACAAGACGACUUCCAAGAUGCCGAAGACUUGCCCGUUACGGAGAACAUGUCCUUAUUUCAAGCCUUAGAGGAAGCUAAAAGGGCUAUUGAUUUUUUCUUCAACAAUCAGUUUGUGGAAGCUCGAAGCCUUAUGACACCUUACGCUAAUACUAGUAUGUAUCAUUCCUUAGGACACUCGAUGUUUUUGUACAUGGAAGCUAUGUUUACCUUCGAGCAACAAGCUAUCAGAGCAGCUUCCAAGUCCUUAAAACAAACCAUGACAGUCUGUAAUCGUUACAGAAAGAAAAACACGAUCAGUGAGUCCUUAGGAAAAAUGGUAAGAAAGCCAAACUAUGAUUUAUAUACACAAAUAGAAGCACAUGCUGAGCUUUGUCACGCUGAAAGUCAGCUACUUAAAUCAAUGCUUACUUUUAUCGAAGAUGAAACACUUGCCAGCUUUAUUAAAGCAGGGAUUAAAAUACGAUCUUGCUUUAAUUCUUAUAAAGACUGCAACCAAAUACUACUUAAGAAAAACUGGGAAAAGGACCCCACGAAAGACCAUUUUGAAGGAGGUGUAAGAGUAGGAAUAGGUGUUUUUAACUUAAUGAUCUCCAUGUUACCAGGAAGAGUUAUCAAACUACUCGAAUUUAUAGGUUUUUCUGGUAACAAGCAAAGAGGACUGCAAGAACUAGCUUUGGGCUGUGAAACCGACGGUAUUAGGCAAGUGUUAAGCAUCAUGGCUAUUCUAGGCUACAACCUCAUAGCUGUCCACGUGUUGAGCCAUCGUGAAGCCGACAUGAAACAGUGCAAAGAAAUCAUCGACAAAAGACUGGAGAAAUACCCCAAUAGUGUGUGGUUCUUGUUUUUCAAAGCAAGAUUAGAAUUUUUGAACGGUAAUCUCAACGAAAGCAAAGACUGGUACAUCAAAUCCUGGAAAUCACAGAAUAUGUGGCCGCAGUUCCAUCACAUAUGCUACUGGGAGCUUCUAUGGGUUCACUGCCUCAACCUGGAGUGGAAGCAAGCUCUUCACUACAGCUCAGAACUGGUAAGACACAGUAAGUGGUCCCGUACUAUGUACAGUUAUCAAAAAGCUGCGAUUUUACUGAUGAUGAAGGAAGAUUUGUCUUCUUCCGAAUUAGACGAAAUUGAUAAAUUAAUGAAAGAUGUUCCUAAAUAUAAACAAAGAAUAGCCGGUAAGUCUCUGCCUAUGGAAAAGUUUGCUCUCAAAAAAGCCGAGAGGUAUUUUUCGCAAAAUGGCCACCUAGUGCUUCCUGUAGUAGAAUUAAUGUUUUUAUGGAAUUUGUUAAAAAUAUUUAAAAAUAACUUUAACUUAGCUAGUAAUGUUUUAAAAUUGAUCGAAAAAGAAUUGUCUUCUUUAGACAAUAACAUCAUUCGGACCAAAUAUGAUGCAGAUAAUAAAGCUUUAGUACUACUCUUGCACGGUGCUACUCUAAGGCACAUGGGAAGCCCACUGCAAGCUCUAAAUUCCUUAGAAACAGUUAUUUCAAUGAAUAAAUUAUUGAUAGAAGACACUUACAUCAUUCCUUAUGCCAUAGUCGAGCUAGCUCUUAUAGAGUGGGAUAAUGGUAAUAGGGAAAAGGCUAUUCUAGCGUUAGAAGACGCUAAGAAGAACUAUACUGGCUAUUCUUUGGAGUCUAGGUUACAUUUUAGGAUACAUACGGCUUUAACUGAAUUCAAAGCUGAAGUGAAACGUUGUUAAUGAAACUAGUCAAUUUUUUUAUAACCAAAUGUAAAGGGUACAGAAAAAACAGUCGAAUAAGUGUUUAAUAUUGUUCUGAAGCUAUUUUCUUGUAGCAUAUUUAUGCAAUUUACUAUUUCAGUUGGAAAUAAGCCAUAAUUGUACUUUGAAAUUGAAUUUAUUUGACGUUUCGGUUCCCACUUCGAAAAUCGAUAUCAAAACACAAAACAUUAAUAAAAUUAAAUAAUUUCUGUUUUAGUUGCAAGGUAAAAACUUCUUCUAAUAAUUUAAUUUUAUCUGACUCAUUUAUAUUGACAAUUCAGUAUAUCAUACAUUUUAAAGUAGAUGACUUUAAAAUUAUAUCGGUAUUAUUUAUGAGUUGCGUUCCUGGGACGACUUUAUCCGUCAGAAAAAUCAUAGCAUAUGAUUUGGCUUUAAAAAUACAACCACAUGCAAUGAUGACAGUAAACUUCUCGUGUUAGUGAUCUCAUAAUAAAUCUCGAGGUAAAAACUAGGAACAAACCUCAUGAUGUUAUCCCGAGAUGCUAUGUAUACGGACUUACAUUUAGUUGACUCUCAAAAUGAACACCAAACCUGAUUUUAUAAAUGUUUGUUACUUUAAAACAUAAAUGAUCCUGGAUAUGUUAUUUACUUACUAAUCGUGUUAUUUUGUUUCUAUUGAUUUCCUCUUUUCAUAUGGCUUGAUGAAUUUAUUAUGGCUUGAUUUCAUAUGAAUUUAUUUCGAAAAACUUAAUUUUAAAGUAAAAUUGUGGUUUAUUCCCAACUAAAACAGUACAUUGCUGUGUUUAUAAAAGAAGUGUUUAUAUAAAUAUAUAUUUAUUUAUUUAAAUAAUUUUAAUUCACAUAGAGAGCAAGUUCAACCCAUUUAUUAAACAUAUAAAAUUAAGAAUAUAACAAUGAUAAAACAAGUUUAUCUGUUUUUUAUUACUACAACUUCAAGGUUCGGUUUAUUGUUUUUAUUUCAGAUUUUUUUAUCUGUAACUCGAUUGAUUAUUUUAUAUAAACAAACAUCCUGAAGUCAUUGUAUCAAUUUAUCAAUAUUAAAAAGAAAGUGAUCGUAUACAGGGUGCGACAAGAGUUAUUAUAGUGUUACUAUAGAAGAUAUCAAAUUUUUUUUGCUUUUGAUCAAGAGAGGCAUUCUAGUUCCCUAGCUAUUCAGCGAUCUUUACAAGUUGUGACAAAAUUGUUUUUUUUUGCUUUUUAUUUCUUUUUUUAUUACAAUCAAUUAACCUUCUGUUUUCUCUUUUGUCUUUUUAUCUGUGAUUAGCCACUUUUGGUAAGCUUUCUUUUUUUAUUCAUUUAAUUUUCUCUCCCUAUUGUCCACCAACAUGGUGUUGUGGUUUUUCAAUAGUUAGUUCCAAUACCUAUCCAAAACAAACGCAAACUAUACCUAAUAGUAAUAAUAGUCAACGAUUCAGAGGAAUACUAUGUAUUCAUAUUACUACCAUACAUUAAUUAAUUUUGUCCGAACAAAUGUCGAAAAUGUUGGCAAAAAAUGAUCAAUGUCGGACAUACAUCGUAAAAAACAUCUGAAAACUGUUUUUCACAAUUUAAACCCAAUAUUACUGAAGAUCAUCAGACGGAUGUUGUUUACAAAGUAAAUUCUAAAGAUUGCAAUUCAACAUACAUUGGGCAAUCACACCAAUAGAUACAUAGAAGGGUUGUUGUACACAAACAUAGUGUACGAACCAACAAAUUAAACAAUGUAGCCUAAGCUAAGCAUUCUAUUCAUUCUUUUGACUUUGAAAAAGUACAUAAAUAAAUAAUCUAAAUAUAAAUAUAUAAAUGAAUAAGUAAUCAAUAAAUAGACAAAAAUAUAUAUCUGCAUAACUUCAAUUAGAUUUUGUCUAAUUGUGAUCGAGGUUGCGAUUUUAGUCCCCGUCUAUUUCGUUUUUUUUUAUUUUAUCUCCUUUCUAACAAAUUAGGAUGCGAUUAAAAGUUUCUCCAAUUAUUAGUGGCAAUACAAUAACCAUUUAUAUGCAGUCUUCACAUCCAAUGUAUAUAUACUUUCCAAUAUGAAACUGUGUCAGUGAUACAAAAAAUAUUGCUUUUGAAAUUUGAAAUUAAAACUUGCAAUAAACCGCGAAUUUUACGGUAUAAUAACUACGUCUUGAUUGCAGCACCAUUUGAUAUCAUUAAAUAAUCAUUAGUAGGAACAUUAGAUUUUAUUUUGACUGGGGUCCACUAUUUUGUUGUUGUACUGAAGACAAACACUUCAGAUCACUUCGUUGCAAUGUGAAUAACUAUAAAAUGUGGUAUUCACUAAAGUGGUUUUUUUGAUGGCCAAAAUUGACGGACAUGUUAUUGAUUUCUUCUCGUUAUCGAAUCUCGUUAUCCUUGCUGAAUGUAUUAGGUACUAUUCAGUAAUGAAAUGUAUCUAUUGUUUAUUGUAUAUUCUAAUAUCCCACUCCACACUAUAUACAAUGCUGUCAAUAGGUACCAAUAACAACACCAAUUUAAUAACAGCCAAAAUCUUGCCCAGAAAAAUGUAUGUUGUUUGUUGUUGUUGAUUGUGUUUUCGUUAGCUGAUGUUUACGUUUUGAAGAAGUUCAUUCAUCUUAUAAAAAAAAACUUACAAGUCAACACUCUGGAUAAUAGUUGUCUCGAUAAUAUCGUCACAAAUAUUGAUGGUAUCACAAAAUCUGUGGAUCUCACUCACCCAUCUGAACACAGGUAUUUCCUUUCAGACGACUUACUCAUCCACAAAUUUUGAAAUCAGAGUUUGUUAUAGACAAUAACAGAGGGAUGGUCUCUUAAAUAUGAGAUUUAAAUAUAACAUUAUUUCUCUAAUACGUUCGUUGGUAAUCCAUUCUCUUCUAGAUCUUCCUGAUGCUCUUCUCUAAAAAUCCAUUUUCGUUGCUCUCAGCGUUCUUUUUUCAGUAGCCAUACCUCACAGCUGUAUUAUAGAGUAGAGUAAUACUUUUCACAAUAGACUCGUAUAUCCUCUGUUUAUUUUCUUUGCUAAUGGAUUCUGUCUAUAUAUCUAUUUUCGAGCCAUAUUCUAUCCAUCUGUCGAUCGGACGUCCAAGUUGGCUGAGGCGCAGUCGAUCGAGAAGUUUAGUGGAUUUGCGAUCGUGGUUCGAGCCCCAGCCCGGUCAUUUGAAAUUAAUAAAAGGCCAACGUCGUAGUAUAAAAUUCAAUAGAAUCUACGACUUGGUCUGGAAGCAACUAACGUCUCAUCGGCCUAUGAAAGAGCGGUACGGCAAGGGAUAAUGGCUUGCGGCUUGGUGAUACUCCUCCAUAGAUCCCUACCGAAGGGCGUUGACGCCUAAUAACGGUGUAUAUAUUCUAUUCAUCUUUUGACAUAGGCAUCCCCUUCGCUUUUACACUGGUUUCUAUCCAGCGCUAAGGUCAUUUUUUUGAGGUCGUCGCUCCAUCUCAUCUGAAGGCUUCCUCUUCUUCUCUUGUAUUCCUAUGGUCGCCAGUAGAUCAUCUGGUUGUUCCAUCUUUCUGCUGGUUCCAUUUGCCAGUACCAAUAUAGGACACAGAGGAAAUGAUCCUAGACUGACCUACACUUUGGACAAUAAGAGGCGUAACUGGAACAGUUUUUAACGGCUUUUAUACUGCGAAAACUUACAAUCCAACUAGCCAUCGUGGAAGAUUAUGGCUAACAAACCCCCUACAAACAUGACGAGUUUUAAAACUUAAUGAAUUUCUACGGCUGUCGCCGUCUCUCCAUACCCAGCUUCCAACUUUUUCUAUCGUAACACAUAUCUUCAUCUAAUUGCCUCGAAUCCAUUGCCUCCUGAAUAUUGUCCCUCCAGCUUCUCCGUGGUCGUCCUCUUUUUCUUCUCUCCGGUGGGACCCACUCUAAUAUUUUUCUCGGCCAGCGAGUCUCAUUCAUUCUUUUAACAUGACCGAACCACGUCAGCUGUCUCCUUUCAAUAUCGUCUAUUAUAGUUUUUUCCACCUUCAUAUGUUCUCUAAUUGUUUCAUUUCUUACAUGUUCUAAUCUUGAGACCUGACAACUUCUCCUCAAAAAGUCCAUUUCUGUACUAAGUAGCUUCUUUUUAUUUUUUGCACUUAUGUCCCAAACUUCUGCACCGUAGAUUGUAGCGCUUUUCAUUAUACUUUCAUAUAUUCUUCUCUUUGUUUCCUUCCUGAUGUGUUUGUCCCAUAAAAUUGAAUUGAGGGAUCUAGUGAUACUUCUACCUUUAUUGAUUCUGUGUUGUAUUUCAUCUUCACUAUUUCCUCGUUUGUUAAAUAUAGCUCCCAAAUAUUUGCAUUGUUUCACACCAACAAUAUAUCCUUGUUCCAAUGGUAGGUUUUCAAUGUCUUCGUUUCCCACUAUGAAGUAUUCUGACUUGUCCAUAUUUAUUACUAAUCCUGCCUGUUAGUAAUGUUCGUUUAGCUUCCGUAUUAUAUAGCUUAAGUCAUCUUGAUCUUGGGCUAUAACAACUUGGUCGUCCGCAAAGUAUAAUGUAAAUAGGGAGUCGUCUCCCACUUUCAGUCCCAUCGGUUUUACUGCUUUUGUCCACCUCUGUAAGGAUUGGUCAAGAUAUAUUUUAAAGAGAGUGGGAGAUAGACAACAUCCUUGUCGGAGGCCUUUUGAAGUAUUAAAUGCUUCAGUGAAAUUUUUGCUGUUUUUGAUUCUGGUGUUAGUGGUCUCAUAUAACAUUUUAGUUGCUUGUAUGCGUUUUCCAUCGAUACCGAUGUCUUUCAUUGACUUCCAUAGUUCUAUUAUGGGGACACUAUCAUAGGCUUUUUCUAGGUCGAUAAGAGCGUUGUGGGUUUCCUGAUUUCUCUGUAUUCUUUUUUCUAGUGCUAUUUUUAAAGUGAAGAGAUUGUCUACCGUUGAACGUCCCGCACGAAAACUAGCUUGUUCUUCAGCUUGCUUUCCUUUAAUAUCUUGUUCUAUUUCAUUUCUUAAUAUCCCGGAGUAUAAUCUUCCAAUGGUGCCGAUGACUGCGAUUCCCCUAUAGUUUUUGGGGUUAUUUAUAGGUCCCUACUUAUGUAUGGAAGUAAUAUGUGAUGUUAGCCAUUCACCUGGUACUUUUUCUCCAUUUAGACAUCUUUCGAAAAGUUUUUUAAGCAUGUCAAAUAGCUCUCUCCGAUGAGAUUCCAAUAAGAAUCUAAAAUCGCGAUUCAGAGAGCUGGAUUGCACUCCGUAUUCUAAUUGAAAAGUAAGAUUGUUUUGCCUUCGCAUUGCAACUGAAUAAAAAUGGUAUACAUUUUUAUUGCAUGUCAAAUAGAUUGGCUGGUCCAUAUUUUAUUAAUUCAGGAUUAAUUCCUCCAGCCCCGGGUGCUUUCCGGCGGGAUUUCAUAGUUUUAAUAGCUUCUUCCACUUUGCUUUUAUCUAGUUCUAUUUCGUGUUCUCUCUGUAUAUCAUUCUCUUUUUCUUGUAUUCUUGUUAUGUAUUGUGGUCAUUUUUCUACUAUUGUGAAGUUUAAAAACUACCUAUAGGAUUUGUACCCCAGGUGGGUAGAGCAGUUAAUGCUGAUGGAUUGGUCCCAUAAAAUACUGUUUAGUAUUUUUAGGUUACUGGUUAUCCAGGGCAUAAUAAUCGUAUUUAUUUAGGAAGUAAAACUGUAAUAUCAAAAUUUUCUAUUUUCGAUUUUGCAAAAACUAUCCUUUGACAAUUUGGCAGCAUAAAUCUACUAAAGAGAUCACGCUGUAUCCAUUAUUAUCUAUAAUUAAAACACUUGAGUAAAAUUUCGUGAAAACUAUUUGAUAAUUAUGUUAAUUAGCUUAUAUCUAUAUGUAUUAUAUUUUUUAACGUUAUAGCUCAAUUAUUGUUUGAUGGAAUCGUUUUUUCUGUACCUUAAUAUAAUAGCCUGUGACACAUUUGUUAUCUAUUUUAACCAUUUAACAAUUAGUGUUAUGACUGAUGAUACAUCCAGGAAAUUUUUUUGAAUUCACAAUUUUCAUAAGCAUGCGUUAAUAUGUUAACCAAAUAGAUAUUUCUUAAUGUUUGGUUAUUACAACUACUUACAUUCAAGGACAAGAAUAUUUUAUUUUAGAUCUAAUUUCCAAGCGAAGUUUUUUUUUUCAUUUCUCCUAGUCAAAAUAAAAAAAAUGUGUUGUCAAGUCUUAGGCAAAAAGAAACAUCGGCCAAAAUUACCAAAAAAUUAGUUUUCCCCCUAAAAAAGUCGUACUUAUAGAAGUUAUUACUUUUGUUUAUUGAAAGUUUUUGAAAGAGCAUAAAUACAUAAUAGAAAAAAAAUUGAAACGUUGAAAUUAUAAUAGGCAAUAGUAUCCACAAAAAUUGAUAAUAGACCAGGGCGGAUCUGUGAAAAAACGUCUAUUUUUGGAUGUGCGAGGUGGCAUUCGGAUUUUUGCAGAUAAAGUUAGGUGACAACUUCAACAAUAAUAAUUGACUUAUUAUGCUCCUUCUCAAAUAAUAUGCCCGGAACAUUAAUAAAAAAAUUAAAAUACUUAAAAAUUUCGAAAAACAUCUAUUUUUUUAUAUUUUCUUUGCUUAUAACUUUAAAACGAUUCAUUUUGGAACAAAGUCGUAGGGAAGGAAAGUAAAGAUAAUUGAAUUUUGUAUAAUAUACGACUAAUUAAAAAUGUCUUAAAUUAUUAAACUUUCUGCAAAAUAGCAAUAAAUACAAAAUAAGGGGGCAAAAUAAGCCUGUUUUAUUCAAUGUUUUUCAACCAUUCUGGUUGCACUUAGAACUUUGUAAUUCGCUUAGAAAAUUCCUACAACAUACUUAAAUUGUUCACCAAAUUUUAUUAAAAUCUACCUGAUAGAUUUUGCAGAAUAAUUGUGCAAUCUAAAUUUUUUUAAAAAGUUCAAAUUUUUUAAAAUCUUUUUGAAGAAAAGUAUUUAGAAGUUUGCUAAUUUUUUUUUGCAUUUUUAAAGAGGUUCUCUACCUAUCUAAUACACUUUACAUAAUUAAAAUCGGAUUAUUUAUGUGGCCUCGGCACUGUUUUAAUUAUAAACAAUUUUUUGGCUUAUAAACAAAUACAGUGAGGACGUUUGAGUUGGCAUAAAUUCAUUUUCUCGAGAAUAGGAGUCUCUGAAGAUAAAUCCCGAAACAGGUCGAUUUUUAUUUUUAAAUUCUAAUUUUUUGGUAUAUACAUCAUACUAGUGACGUCAUCCAUCUGGGCGUGAUGACGUAAUCGAUUAUUUUUUUUAAAUGAGAAUAGGUGCCGUGUGACAGCUCAAUUGAAAGGCUAUUCAAUUUUGUAUUCACUGAUAUAAACAUUAACAUAAAUAUUUAUACAGGGUUUGAAUUAAAAAAAAAAUUUAAUUAAAUUAGUCCCAAUAUUUAGAUUACAUCCAGAUGGAUGACGUCACUAGUAUGAUAUUUAUGCCAAAAAAUUAUAAUUUAAAAAUAAAAAUCGAUAUGUUUCGAGAUAGAUCUUCAGGGUCUCCCAUUCUCAAGAAAAUGAAUUUAUUCCAACUCAAAUGUCCUCACUCUAUUUGUUUAUAAGCCAAAACAUUGUUUAUAACUUUAAAGCAGUGCUGAGGUCGCUUAUAUAAUCCGAUUUUAAUUCUGUGAAGUGUAUUAGAUAGGUAGAGAACCUCUUUAUAUGUAAAAAAUAGCAAAUUUCUAAAUAAUCUACUUUUUGUUCAGAAAGUUUUUAAAAAAUUUGAACUUAAAAAAAAAUUAGAUUGCAAAAUUAUUAUGCAAAAUCUAUUAAGUCGAUUUUAAUGAAAUUUGGUGGACGGUUUAAAUAUACUGUAAGAAUUUUCUAAGCGAAUUAUGAAGGUUCUAAGUGCAACCAAAGUGGUUGAAAAGCAUUGAGCAAAAACAGGCCCCAAUAAUUUUGUCCCCUUAUUUUGUAUUUAUUGCUAUUUUGCAGAAAGGUUAAUAAUUUAAGACAUUUUUAACUAGUCGUAUAUUAUACAAAAUUCAAUUACCUUUACUUUCCUUCCCUACGACUUUGUUCCAAAAUAAAUCGUUUUAAAGUUAUAAGCAGUGAAAAUAUAAAAAAAUUGAUAUUUUUCGAAAUUUUUAAUAUUUAAAUUUUUUUAUUAAUGUUCCGGGCAUGUUUGAGAAGGAGCAUAAGUCAAUUAUAAUUAUUGAAGUUGUCACCUAACUUUAUCUGCAAAAAUUCCAAAUGCCACCUCUCACAUUCACCUCAAAACAGAUCCCCCUGGUCUAUAAACAAUUUCAAAACUUUACUCACAAUAUGGUUUUCGAUACCUUCAAGAUGCCCAAAAAAUUUGUUGUGUUGAAAAUAUUAAUUUAUAUUAAUUCAUUUGCCUGCUAUUAUGUAUAUUAUUUUGUUUAUUAAAAAAACAAUUUUUACAAUUUAAAAAUGCGGUUGUUAUCGUUAUCUUCAAGGUGUUAUCUUUAAUAAGAAAUGUAAAUUUCAACAAUACACUUUCCUCCCUUAUUCUUCAUUAAGUGUCGUCUCCCAAUCGGAGGUUGGAUAUCAUCAUCACUAUCUUUACUCUAUCUACUGCUGCUCUGAAGACUUCUAUAGAACUGCAUUUAAACCAGUUCCUUAAAUUCCUCAACUAUGAUACUCUCCUUCUUCCUCUUAUCUUUCCCUGUAUUAUCAGUUUUAGUAUUUCAUACCGAUAUCCCCUCAUUACGUGUCCCAGAUAUUGUAACUUUCAUAAUCAUUAUUAUUUUUAUUAUGUUUAUUAUUUCGUAUUGUUUGCCUAUUCAGGGCAGCUGCAAAUAAGAUUAUAUGAGCAAAUGUAAUAGGCAACGUCCUUAAGGAUAAGGUACCUUAAGAAGAAGAUUCUUAGCCCAUUUCUCGCAAUACAUACUUCCGUGUUCGUUUUCUUCUGUAUCCGUGUCCAUGCUAUUCUAAACAUCUUCCUGUAACGCUACAUUUGCAAGCAAGCAAGCAAUUUGAUUUAACCCGGCCUGUGAGAAAUUUCCACCCUAUCGAAAAGCACAUUCGGGUGUAACAAUUCAUUGGAGCGAGGUGUAUUAACUCGAGUAAAAACAGGAGUCACUCCACCUCGCUCCAAUGCUCCAGCUCAUCCCUUUCCCCCCUAUAGCACGCUGAUGUGCAAUAGGGGCACAACUAUCAGCCAAAUGCUCUUCACAUGGGAAUCCUGGGUAAUAAGAUUCCUAAUCGAUUUCAAAACUAGGCCAGCGUGAAGCACUCUAUGCCUGUAUCCUGUAUCCUCUAUUGACUUAUCAGCGAACUAAAAAUUGCUUUCUUGGGCCCCAAGUCACUGUAUUGGGUCAAACGAGGCUCGGUCCAGUGACUUGGUGCUCAAGUAUUUUUUUAGGCCCUACAUGCCCUGGUUUUUUGUUUUUUAUUAUUUUUUUGGUGGCUUACGCCGUUUUUUGUAUUUUUUUUUGUAGGCUGUCUUUAUUUAGGAUCGUGGUAUUGGACCUACGCGUGGGUUGCAUGUUUCUUCGGCACUUGGUGUUUCGAGCUACGAACUAUCUACUAAUUUUAUUUUCACUUCUUUAUUCUUCUUUAUCUCUCUUUAUUUAUUUUCCUUUAUUUCCUUUGUCCACUUUCUUUACUUAUUUAUUCCACUAUUUGUUGUUUAGGACGUUUGUGCUUCCACCACACUGAAUAGGAAUCGUUCAGCGACGUAUUUUGGGACUUUGGCUGCUUCUGUUAGGCUACGGCUCCACGGGCGACAAAUUUACGCUAGCGGUAGCCGUAAAACGAACUUAGGUUCCGCGGAACGGAAUAGGAAUAGCCGAACUGAACCGACUACGCACAAGUCCUGUAGUCGCUGUUGUUGUAGUAAAGUCUGUUGUUGUGGGCCGGCUGUAUCUUCUUUUUAAAUAGUUGUGUUGCAUACGUGUCCCCAUGCGAGAGAUGCUUACUUUAGCAUCGGUAGUAUUAUACUAUUAUUUAUUUAACGCCACAUUUCGAAUGACUGUAGCUUAUUUAUGUGUUAUUACUUCAAUGCCCAGCUCUAAUUACUCUCCAAAUGAACAUCACAUUAUAAAAAAUGUAGUUAAUUAUAAAAGAUACUGAUGUGACUGUCUUUAUUGUUUAAUAAUUUGCUAUUUUACUUUUAGCCACUAAUUCUUGUUAAUUUUUGAACUAAACUGUAGGAUACUCUCUUGAGUGAGAGCAAAUCUUAUUAUUCAGUAAAGUGAGAGCAACGUACUUGAUUGUUUUACUGUUCGGUUAUUUCAAAAUAAUUCAUAAAUCCAGAUAAAAUAUUGACCUGACUCUUGACUUUCACUUCCAUCAUUGCAUUGUAUUUUAGUACGGUGAAAAACCAUUCGCUCAGUUUAAAUGUUUUAUAGCUAUAUUUAAUUUACAAUAUUUACUUAUUAUAAGAUAUUUAUGUCUCUGAAUGUAGAUUUAGUUAACAUGUGUAAGAGUUGUGCAAUGCAACUAUACAGAGAGCACGUAAAGGUUGGAAUAAAUUCAUUUUCUCGAGAAUGGACAAUUUUAGAAAAAAAUCCCGAAAUAGGUCGAUUUUUAUUUUUAAAUUACGACUUUUUGGCAUAUAUAUCAUCCAUCUGAGCGUGAUGACGUAAUCGAUGAUUUUUUUAAAUGAGAAUUGGGGUCACGUUAUAGCUCAUUUGAAAGGUAAUUCAAUUCUCUAUUCAGUAAUAUAAACAAUAAUAUAAUUAUUUAUACAGGGUGUCCAAAAAAUUUUUUUUUGAAUUAAAUUUAUUGACAUAAAAAGAAGAAUCUGUGUAAUUUAUUUAAUUCAAAAUACAUUUUACUGCUAUCAGAAAAGAGGAAAAAAUGUUUAUUUGACAAAUAAAUAUUGUUUUUGCUAAUUCAAUAUUAAAGCAGCCACCCACCUGCCUCUUGACAAUUUGAGCAUUUAAUUUAAGAGGAAACAGUAGCGAUCAACAGGUAGCGAAAACGCGUUCCAAGAUUGCGGCUGUAAUUUUGAAUAUUUUUUCGAGAUAUUUGGCACACGUAUUCGUAAUAUAAUAAAUAAUGGCGGUACAGAGACCAAAUUGAAAAAUAUAUUAGUAUGUGGAAAUUACUCUGUAAUUAAUUACAAUAUUAAAAAAACGAGCCUGUACCGCCAUUAAGAAGAACAAAAAAAUACACUUUCUUCAAAUAAAAUUUUUUAUUUGAUGCCUAGAUUUUGUGUCAUUUUGGAACUACUAAAAUGUUUUAUUUCAUUAGUAGUUCCAAAAUGGCACAAAAUCUAGGCAUCGGAUAAAAAAGUUUAUUUGAAGAAAGUGUAUUUUUUUGUUCUUCUUAAUGGCGGUACAGGCUCGCUUUUUUAAUAUUGUAUUUAAUUUCAGAGUAAUUUCCACAUAUUAAUAUAUUUUUCAAAUUGGGCUCUUUACCGCCACUCUUUAUUAUAUUACGAAUACGUGUGCCAAAUAUCUCGAAAAAAUAUUCAAAAUUACACCCGCAAUCUUGGAACGCGUUUUGGCUACCUGUUGAUCGCUACUGUAUCACCUUAAGCGAAAAGCAAUGAUUUUUUUUCAAAUAAACAUUUUUUUCUGUUUUCUGAGAGCAGUAAAAUGUAUUUUGAAUUAAAUAAAUUACACAUAUUCUUCUUUUUAUGUCAAUAAAUUUAAUUCAAAAAAUUUUUUUUCGAAACCCUGUAUAAAUAAUUAUGUUAAUGUUUAUAUUACUGAAUAGAGAAUUGAAUUACCUUUCAAAUUGAGCUAUCACACGACCCCUAUUCUCAUUUAAAAAAAUCAUCGAUGACGUCAUCACGCCCAAAUGGGUGACGUCACUAGUAAUAUGUAUAAACCAAAAGUCGUAAUUUAAAAAUAAAAAUUGACCUGUUUCGGGAAUUUUUUCCAAAAUUGUCCAUUUUCGAGAAAAUGAAUUUAUUCCAACCUUUACGUGCUUACUGUAUAUUUAAUUAUUUACAACUGUGAUUAACAGUGUGAUGCAAUUUAACUACCUAAGAUAUGUCAAAAAUAAAAAAUAUAUACAUAAAUAUAUGUAUAUAUAAUAUAUAAUAAAUUAUAAAAAAAAAACAAAAAUGUAUUAAGAAACUAUAGUAUGCUGAUAGUUACAUUACAUUAAACUCAAAAAUAAAUGAAAUUAUAUUUCUCCACUAGGAUCUUUUUAAUUAAUUUUCUUAUACUAAGAAUAAUAUAUUGACUUUCAUUAAAAUCCGAACACCCAGCAAGAGUUGAAAAAAAAAGAAGAUAUAUUUACACAAUGACUUGGUUGUAAUCUCCAUUUCUUAAAGUAUUGUCUGAUGAUGGAUAGAUUAUUCGCGAGAAUGUUUUCUGUAGUUUUUAAAAAUUGGUAGCUUGUUGCAAGAGUCCAGUCGUCAGCACAUCCAAACAUACGAAAUUCGGUUGCAGGUAUGUCAUCAAUAUAGAGGCUGAAAAGUAAAGGGGCAAGCACCGUACCCUGUCGAAGUCCAUUAUUAAGUUUCAUCUGACAUAGUAUUUACUAUUAUUACCUAUUAUUGGAUUAAACAGCUUAGGGCUUAGUGAAGCCACCUGUCUUAUUCCAUUGCCUGUAUCUGUAGGUUCCGUAAUUUGUCCAUCUAUUCCGAUUUCUUAUUCUUUUGAUAUAUUUUUCUAUUGCUUUUAUAAUAUUUAACGCAAUCUCCUUAUUAUACAAGAGAUCUAGUCUUACUCUGUCAAAUGCCUUCGUUCUAAAGUUUCUGACUGAUUCCUGAAGAAUCGCUUCCCGGGCGCGCCAGGUUUCCCAACACGUCUCUACCUUAUCGGCAGUCUACGAGAAGUGUACGGUAAAUUGAAGCUGUAAUUACAGAAAAAAAGAAAUAUGUAUGUCUUUGUACUCACUUUAUAACGCUUCAAAAAUUACGGGAUCUGGAUUUCAAUGAAUAUUUUUUUUUAUAAUUCUCGUAUCAAAGUUACGUGUGAAGUUAGUCGUAUUGAUGACAGUUGAGGAAACAUCCGCGACCCUUGCUUCCUAGUCCUCAUCUAAUACAUUUUUUAGCUUCGCUACUGUUACUGGUGCUGAAUUACGGACUCGAACCCUGCGUUUGAGCUCAUUCCAUAGCUGCAGGAUAGACAGUUAACAUAUCCGGACUCAAUGGAGUCCAGUCCAUUGUUGUUAUACAGGGUGUAACAAAAAUACAGGUCAUAAAUUAAGUCACAUAUUUUGGGACCAAAAAUAGUUCGAUUGAACCUAACUUACCUUAGUACAAAUAUGCACACAAAAAAAGUUACAGCCCUUUGAAGUUACACUAUAAAAAUCGAUUUUUUCCGAUAUAUCGAGAACUAUUAGAGAUUUUUUAAUGAAAAUGGACACGUGGCAUUCUUAUGGUAGGAGCAUUUUAAAAAUAAAUUAUAGUUAAAUUUGUGCACCCCAUAAAAAUUUUAUGGGGGUUUUGUUCCCUUAAACCCCCCCAAACUUUUUUGUACGUUCCAAUUAAAUUAUUAUUGUAGCACCCUUAGUUAAAAACAAUAUUUCUAAAACUUUUUGGCCUCUUAAUAUUUUUUCGAUAAACCAGUUUUAAUCGAGAUGCGGCUUCUUUUUUAAUAUGUUUACAUAAAAAUUUUAUGGGGGUUAUGUGCCUUUAAACCCCCCAAAUGUUUGUGUAUGUUCCAAUUAAACUAUUAUUGCGGUACCAUUAGUUAAACAGGAUGUUUCUAAAACUUUUUUGCCUCUUAGUAUUUUUCCGAUUAGGCAUCUUUUAUCGAGAUGUGGCCUCUUUUCUAAUAUGCUUCAAAAUAUACCUCAAACUGUAAUUUAUAAAAAAAAUUUCAUGUUAUUACCAGGUCUUAGAGAUGGCAUGAUGGAACUGGAGCAGGUACCUCGGAAUAGGUUCCGAUCGCCUAUUCCACGCACCAGUGACAAAAAGUCAAGGGCAUCGGUUUCGAUUCCAAGGGCGCCGCAUCGACCGCAAUCUGCAAUUUACAGUAAACUCGAACUGGAUUCUCGCUCGGAAUAGGUCGCUGCAGCACAACCGUAGGGUUAGUUAGUAGGGAAUGCAUCGGUGACGUUCGUUUCGGUUAAGGGUUGGUAUGAUGGAACUGGAGCGGGUAUGUCGGAAUAUGUUCGGUUCGACUAUUCCACGUAUUACAAGUGACAAAACUUUGAUGGCAUCGGUCUCGAUUCCAGCGCUGGCCGUAGUUGAGUAGGUACACUUUCCUUUUCGAGAGAUUUGAUCUCUCGGAAUAGGUACCAUAGAGAAACGCAUCGGCGGCGUCUGUUGACUGUUUCGAUUCCAAAAUCUCACAUCUGUGAUGGGUUUAAAAAGGUUUCGUUAAUCUAAGGUUUAAAAGGAUUUCAGGUCGAUACGGCUGUAACAUAUAGUUGUCAUUUAAAACUGUUAAAAUUUUGACUCUACCGCAUUAUGUUUUUAUUUAUUUGACUAUAAUCUAAUCGAUCCUAUCUUUUGUAGUAAAUUAGUGUCUUCAUUUUCCAUUUGCAUAAACGAAUUCUGAAUAAACCUCGACUUUAGGUAAUUUAAAAACCCAUAAUUAAAUGUAAGAAAAAUUUGUUUUAAUAGGUGUUAUAAUAUAGAUUUACGAAUUGUAGGAAAAACAUGGUAAAAAAUAUAAAUAUAUUUAAAAAUCAAAUUACAUGCAUCCUCUAGCUAGAUUAAAAAUACAAAAUUAUAGGUGCCCACUAGUUUGAUCGUUUGAAUUUGGGGCAGCGGAAGACAAUAGCAGCACAACUAUUAGGAACGAGCUAGGGCGAUCCAUAUAUUGUCUUUUCACGUCGGAAUCAUAAACUCGCAUUAGGUUUCUGGAAUAGGUAUUUGCUUGGAAUAGGUUCAGUUCCAACCUAUUACCGAAAAAUGCUAUUCUGUACCAUCUCUACCAGGUCUCUACAAUCAUACUUAACAGUAUACAAAAUAUGUGGUGGAUUUGACAAAUAUUCAAAAUAUCUCGAUAAAAACUAGCUUUUCCAAAAAGUAAUAAGAGGAAAAAAAGUUUAAAAAACAUUGUGUUUACCUAAUGGUACCACAACAAUAAUUUAAUUGGAACGUACAAAAAUGUUUAGGGGGGUUUAAGGGAACAAAACCCCAUAGAAUUUUUAUGGGGUGCACAAAUUUAACUAUAAUUUAUUUUUAAAAUGUUCCUGCCAUAAGAAUGCCAUGUGUCCAUUUUCAUUAAAAAAUCUCUAAUAGUUUUCGACAUAUCGGAAAAAAUAGAUUUUUAUCUUGUAACUUCAAAGGGCUAUAACUUUUUUUGUAUGCUCAUUUGGACUAAGGUAAGUUAGGUUUAGUCGAACUAUUUUUAGUCCCAGAAUAUGUGAUUUAAUUUAUGACCUGUAUUUUUGUUACACCCUGUAUAUUCAUAAUGCGUUCUUGCAAAACUUUAAUUAUAAGUUUCAGGGUAGUAUUUAGCAAAUUAUUACUUCUGUAGUUUUAUGGUUGUUUUUGAUCACCCGUUUUGAAUAAGAUGUCCUCCAUUCUUCUGAUAUUUUAUUGCGAUUUAUAGUCUUGUUAAUUAAUCCACCACAUUUCAACAAGUCAUUUGUAGUAUAGAAAAUUACAUCACUGUUAGACGACUUUUUUAAGGGUGUGGGUAUUUUUGAAAGUCAGUGUAGUUUUUCUUUCAUAUAUAAAGUUUAAAUGUGAUAUUUAAUAAAUAUGUAAUUAUAAACUGUGUGAAGAAUUAUUAGAAAUAUAUAUUUACAUAGAACGUUGAUAUGCCAGUUUCUUUACAUUAAUAUAUAAGGUAUAAUAAUAUUAGUCAUAUACAAGCUUUAUUUCAUACUGUCCUUUGAAUCCAUACUCUAUUUCCUAUUCAUCCUUUGAAUUCGAAUCCUAUAUCGCCCCACAAGAAAACACCAUUACAAUAAUAUAUUUACUAAGCUAGAGAAAAAUAUCUUACAUUUGUACUUAUACAUUUUUAUCGAUAGCAUUAUUCCUAUAGUUUCGUGUAAGUAAUGCGUGUUUGCAGCAACAGAUAUUAAGCUUAAGGCGUACCUUAAGCUCAAGUAUAAAUGUAAAUUCUUACACUGGGGCCACACUAGCAUCUAAUACCGUUAAUUAUCGCAUUAGUUGACGUAUCUCUAAUGCAAAUAAUGCGAUAAUUAAAAAUAUUAGACGAUACUGUGGGCCCAGCAUUAAAGUAUAAGCUGAGCUAGGCUAAGCUGGAGCUUAAGAUCUGUUGGUGCAACCAGGCAUAAAAAAUAUAGUAGAGCAGUCAGAUUUGUAGGUUUUUACAGUUCUGUUUUAAGCUAUAGUUCAGCAGCUGUCUUUUUUCUGGUAAUAAAAUAUGUAACUAAAAAUAUUUACUUUUUACUUAGAUAUACAUACACCGUUAAAGGAGGACAGAAUAUCAUAUGUACCUACUAAAAUUAAUUAUGGUAAUUUUUUAUUUACAUUUAAC